AUGUGUAUUGUAAAUGUAAAAAGGGUACUGACAUACGUAGAAUUGUGUAUUUUGGGUGUAUCGAACGAUCAUAAGUUUAUUUUCCCUCAAAUUACAUCAGUUAAUGGGGUGGUGACACAAAAUAAUACUGCUCUGGGUUAUACAUACAACAAGGCAGAUCGCAGCGGCGCCUCAAGGUAUAUCCCAAAGGUAGGACCUCGUUUUUCAAGGAUGGAGGAAAGUGUGUCGGACAGCGAAGUUGAUUUUGGUUCAUGUAAAGAAGAUCGGUUCCCCAAAGUAGGCAAUAAACGAUGGCCCUACGCUGUAAGACGAGUUUCCAUUGGCUGGUCACCUGUUAGGGAGGCGGGGCUUAGCAGUAACACUGACACCGCGUCCAUUCAUCCAAAGAGACUAGUUGAACUGUUAAGAAUUCCCUCAGUAAAUACAUAUUCUACACUGAAAAGGAAACUUAUUAAAUCGAAAUCCAAUCCGGAAUGGAUUUUGGAAUUUUUACAACAAUAUGGGCUAGAGAUUCUGUUCGAAAGUUUGGAUCAACUUGCUAAUCAGAAAUCUUCCACUUUUUUGGACAGCGUUUUAUUAAUUUCUUGUGCGGAAUGUAUUAAAACCGUCAUGGAUUCGUCCCUGGGAUUGGAUUAUAUAGUGGAAAAUAAGGAACAACUUAUUCGGAAAUUUGCAUCAGCAUUGGACACCGAUAAUGUUACCGUCAAGAAACAGAUUCUGGAGCUUCUGUCCGCUCUCUGUGUCUACUCCAAAGAUGGCUACGCAUGCACUCUGGACGCUUUAGAGCAUUACAGGAAGGCAAAGAAACAAAGAUAUCGAUUCGCAACAUUGGUGGAGGAACUGCGCAACACAGACAAUGUGGAAUACACGACGAACCUGCUGGAGCUCAUCAACUGCAUCAUUGUCUACGCGGAGAAAAUACAAGAUCGUGUUCGAAUUAGAAACGAGUUUUUCGGUUUAAGACUGCAAGAGAUUUUGAACCGAUUACGCCGGAAGGACGAUGAAAAUGACUGCGUGGCAAUGCAGCUGGAGGUGUUUGACCGGCACCGUGAGGAGGACGAGGAGACUCUGCCCGGGGCCAAGGGCGUGGACCUCAACAGCCCCCUCGACGUCUUCCACGCCAUAUUCAACCAGGUCAGCGAUUCUCCACAGGAACUUAGCUUUUUGACAUCUCUUCAGCAUAUGCUAAAGAUUGACCCUUCAGAUUCCAAUAGUGAAUUAAUAUGGCAAACAGUUGAAAAACUUUUGUGCAAAGCCACCUUAAUAGAAUCCACAGAAGAUGCUCAAAAACUACUCAUGGCGUCGCAACGGAAGCGGGAAAAAUCUGUUGACGGACCGUGCACGUGUUCUUGCCAUCACGGAGAGAGAGCACGGGUGUUAUCACCAAGACGGACUAAUAACACUCCUCUCCCAGAUCUUACCUCAAAUGAAAGUGUUUCAACCAAAGAUGCACCUCCUCCUCCCCCUCCCCCGCCACCCCCACCCCCGGGUAUGGCUCCUCCACCCCCGCCUCCCCCUCCCCCGGCUCCUGGUAUACCUCCACCCCCUCCCCCACCGGGAGGACCCGCUGGAAUACCUCCUCCUCCGCCUCCCCCGGGAGGUGCACGAUUUCCUAGUGCUACACCUCAGGUAAAACUACCUCAGCAAAAUGUUCCGAAGCCAAAAGCUAAAAUGAGAACAUUACAGUGGAGCAAAAUAUCGGCCAGUAAAGUCAUGUCAGGAAAACCCAACAUCUGGCAGUCCGUCGGAAAACGGUUGAAUGGACUAGCUAAAGAAAUGGACUUUAAUCAAAUGGAGGACCUGUUCAGUAUCAGUGCACCACCUGACAACUCUGAGAAGGUGAUUGGUGGAAACCUAUCCGAGCGACGGAAACGAGAAAUGACUGAGAUCAAUUUGUUGGAGGGAAAACGGAGUCUGAAUAUCAACAUCUCCUUGAGACAAUUCCGAAUGUCUAACGAGGAAAUCAUCCAACUUCUCCGAGAGGGUCCGAGCGAAAAGAUAGGUGCAGAAAAACUCCGAGGCCUUCUGAAGAUAAUGCCAUAUUCCGACGAGAUUGAGUUACUAAGAAGUUACGAGGGCGACAGAGAGAAGCUUGGAAGUGCCGAGAAAUUCAUGCUAUGCUUAAUGGAUCUUCCCCACUAUAGGAUACGAAUUGAAGGAAUGUUGAUCAAGGAAGAAUUCACCAAUGAUAUGGAAUGGGUCCGCCCAGCAAUUGAAGCAGUUAUCACUUCCGCCAAAGAUAUUAAAGGAAAUACAAAUCUCCACGAAGUCCUAUACUUAGUGCUUUUGGCAGGGAACUAUUUAAACGCGGCAAAUUCCAGCAUAGGCGAUGCUGCCGGAUUCAAACUUUCCUCUCUGAUUAAACUGACAGACACACGGGCAAACAAACCAAGAAUGAAUCUCAUGCAUUAUGUUGUGAUGCAAGCUGAGGAAAAGAACCCCAAAUGCUUAGAGUUUGCAAAUGAGAUGAAGUACCUUAAAGACGCCUCUUUAGCUUCCGUGGACAAUUUGACAACAGACAUCAAUAGUCUCGCCAAUAAACUGAAGAAUCUGUCUGAUCAAAUGACGAACGUGAAUCAAGAAUUCAGGGACCAGAUGGCCGAGUUCUUGCAGGAUGCGAAAUCUGAAAUUGAGGACCUUCAAGAAGAUUUGAAAGACAUUGAAGGCCUGCGAUGCGAACUGGCCGAUUUCUUCUGCGAGGAUGUCAAAACUUUCAAAUUGGAAGAGGCUUUCAGAACCAUGCAAACGUUUUGUGAACGAUUCAAGAAAGCUAUGGAGGAAAAUAAACAGAGAAAGAAAAAUGAAGAAAAGGCAAUUAAACGUGAAAAACAAAAACAAGAAGAACGAAACAGGAAGAAUUCCGCUGAGAUGCGUGCUAACCCUGAUCAACAAAACCAAGGCAACGGCAGCAGCAAUGAUGGAUCCAUUGUCGAUAUGCUUCUCGCAGACGUUCGUAGUGGAUUUGCAAAUCGAAAAUAUGGAGACAGUAACUUUUCCGUGACAAAAGUGAAGAAAGUGAAUCUUGAUGGAAAUGACAAUGUUACCGACACAAAGCCUGGUUUUGUUAGAGGCGGAUAUGGCAGAAGGAGCAUGCGCAGCAAAAAGAAACAAGAAGAGGAGGAUUUUGCUGAUUCAGAAAGUACUUGCAGUAGUCUCGAAGAUGCAACGGAUUUCAAGAAAUCUGAAGGUGUGAAUAAAAACGAGUCUUUAAUGAACAUCCUCACACAGCCCGACGAUAAACCAGACCAGCCUCAAUUUGAGCGAUAUGGAUCCUUGCGUCGGCGGCGUCAAGAACGGAAAGAGAAUAGAAAUCUUUUGGAUGUUUUUCAACGCGAACGCGCACCUUCUCCAAACGUUGAAACUUCCAAACCACUCAAUGAGACUAAACGUGCUGUAACCCCUUCUGCUGAAAAAUCUGUGGUAAAUGAGUUUGACAUGAGUGAUACACCGUUCAGAAGGACAAAAAGCAUGUAUGAUCGAUCGACUCGAAAUUCAGCAAAAGCUUCCAGCGAGUCAAAGGAUAGCGAGAUUGUAGAUAGACUGAGAAGAAAGCUUGGAAAACGGGAUUCUUCUGUUUCUCCUACACCGGAAACACCAGCAAAUCUUUCUUUAAAUACAACAAAAGAAGACAAUACAGAAGACCAUCGAGCACGUUGGAGGAGUGGCAUCACACCAGUAGAGGGGAAUCGAAAUCUUCCAAUCAUUGACGAAAAGGCGCGACUUGAGACCCCGACAAAAGAGCUGGAAAAAGCAUCGCAACAAGAAGUGACUCAAGAAUCAGAAAAUGCUGUAGAGCGUACGCGAUCACAGAUGGCUCGGCGGCUGAGCAAGAGAAAUACCAUGGAUCCGUCUGAAAUUAAACAUCUCCUAGAAAUAGCAGAAAAGAAUAACAAAAACGAAGGCACGCCUCAGACUGCUGAUGACCAAAAAGUUUCCGUGUCUGUAAAAACACAGUUAAAUCGCCGGUGGAUGAGUGACUUGGACAGAAAAGACAUUGACCAAGUACUGAAAGCUAUAGAGGAUUCAGAAACAAAGAAAGAGACAAUAGAUAAUAAAACGGCUACUAAUGAAACUGCUCUGGAAAGACAGGUGUCAUCAACGAGUAAACAGGAAGAAUCAAAUACUGGUGGAGAGAGUGAAGCAUUAAAAGCAAAACGCAAGAUUCGUAAACAGCGGUCCAAUUUGUCAUUAGAAGAUGUGAAACAGGCUUUGCAUUCCACUAAAAUAACAGAAGUGAAUAAUAUUAAAAACUCGCAAACCCAAGAACAUACAAAUACCAACCGUGAUUCUACACCUCCUCCCGAACUGCCUCCCCGUCGAUCAAAACAGAAUGAAGUAUCGGAGGAGAAUAAAGUCGAACAUGAAAAGAAACCAAAGAGAGAGUCCUCUAACUUAAGCAAAGCUGCUAAAAUGGCUGCUAAUCGCAAAUUUCGAAGUAAGCGUUUCGGUGAUAAAGAUCGAUCAUCUGACGGCCGUUGGAAAAGUGAUGUACAAAAGGAUAGCGUUGACGAAGCCUUAAAGGAACAUGGAAUGAGUCGAUCGAAAUCGUAUGAUGAAUCAGUCGCUCGUAAAGCAUUGGGUGAGAAGGGAGGAUUUUCACUUGUUAACCUGCAAAUCGUUAACGGUGAGAAGAUGAAAUUCAGACGAAGUGCUGGACGACUUGAUUCAGAAAGUAAAAGAGGAGCCAAGUAUUUUCCAAGCAGUGAUAGCGAAACGGAUAACAUCCCGGACGGAACAUCAUCUCCUAGAAGACCUUCCAGCUCCAAAAGUGACAGUCCCAAAAGUUCUAGUCGACUAUCGAUCAAAUCUACAAGCACGUCAACAGAGACACUCAGAUGCGAUACACCUUAUAGUGAAGCAGAUGCUUCAUCGCCAGAACAGAAGCGCAGAAACUCCUCGCUGCAAGACACGCCUAUAGACAAUUCAGCAGAUGCGCCAGUUCCUCCACAGCGUUCAAAACGAACCAUGGCUUCCGAGGAAGACGGUUCCGAGACUGCACCACAAUCAGAUAAACAAAACCCUUCUGUACCGGUGGAUGAAUUUGACAAUUCUCCAAUGGCCAUCAUGUCAAAAUGGAAACAGAGACGCUCAACACAACGUAAAAGUGUAUAUGACAAUCUUUCUGAUCACGAAAAUCCUAUCUCACCCAGAUUUACAAAAACAAACGAUUCUUUCACAUUUGAUACCAACACUCAUGGUAGCCCCCGUUCGCACCCGGGCAUAACUGUUGUACACAAAUCGGAGAGUAGUGGAGAUUCUACAUCAAUUCGAUACGAUGUUGGAUCCCGCUGUAGUUAUGCCAGCAGUAGUGACAGUGCUCGGGACGAAGGAUUUGAAACCAUGUCUGGAACUGUGUCUCAAAGAACGUCUUUAAGUAGUACGCUCGAGUCGGAACUGACUCCCACCUUCCCACGAAAACUGUUGAACCUUAAGGCUGCAAAAAGCGUGUCGCAUGAGGAUAUAAGUGUGCCACCUAAACAGGAAAUUAUAGACCCAACUGUACAGAAGCAAUCGGAGCUUGAUGCACGUAAACAGAGAACGGAAUCAUGGACAGAAGCAGUGGUGGCUACUACAACAAACCUAAACAAAGAGUCGUCACUUGACUCCUCUAUAGAAUAUUCAACUUUGUCGCCAGAUAGUGGGCACGGUACAUCGAAAGAAGACGUCUGGAGUGAGAAUAUAGACCUUGAAAACACGGUUAAGAGCAAAUCGCCUUCAAGCCCUCGUUCAUCAACAAAAAUGGCACCUUUAGCAACUCCAGAAGAUGCUCAACAAAUUUCUCCAAGAGAAAAGAGGAACCUUCCUAGUUACAUGCGAGGCACCGCAAGCAGCUCCACUAAAAAUCGCCCGAGUUCUGCUGGAUCAGAUUCAAAUCGGAGCAAAACAACACGAAAAAGUUUAACAAAUCUUAAUAAAUCUAGGACGAGCGAAUCGAAUACAAGCAUUGCGUCCUCUGUAAGUGGUGUCUCUGAAAGUGGAAUUCAUUCUAAACCAACUCCAAAGAGGAAGUCAACUUCCAACGUCAGUCAACCUAAUUCACGAUCCACAACGCCACAUCCGCUAUCUCGACCGACGACGCCAGCUUCUCAUGGAACUUCAAGGCCGACAACUCCUGCAAAUAAUACUUCCCCAUCUAAAACAGCCUCAAAGUUGACGACACGCCUCUCUGCCUCAUCUUCACCCGGAAAAGGAUUUUCUAGAACCCAGUCGUUGCGUCUACCAAGAUCUUCACGGCCUUCUCUUGGGGAUUCGCCAACAGUCGCACAGAAAACAACAACGAAAUCGCCAUUGCCGACUUACUUGUCUCCGACAGCUUCGUCCAAAGCCCGAAAAGAAAACGAAACGCCUCCACCAGUAGCGCCUCCGAGAACUACGUCUGCAAAUAAACCAGCAAUUAAGCCCGCUUCAGUGGUAACAUCUUUAAAAGCAACUCAAAAGAGCACGGAUUCUAAACCGAAAUCUACGAAAAGUACCGCUGCUCCUAAGACCCCAACUUCUAGAAAACCAUCUACGCCUGAAACGGAAAGUACCAAAUCAGCUGGUGCGACUAAAUCUAAAGUCACAUCUCCUCUAACGCGACACGGCAGUCUAAGACUCCCACAACGAUCAGCAAAUAAACUAGUGUAUCACGAGGAUCCCAUUCCCGAAAAGGAAACUUUAAAGGCAGAAAGCAAACCAAAAUCUUUAAAAAGUAGACUUGUAGGAAGCAAAGUGAAACCAGAACCAACCGUCAAAUCGCCGAAUUCUCGAGGUAGCCUUCCUACCGUUGUGGAGCAAACAAGCGAGGAAUCGGUCACGACAAACAGCAAAGGGUCAAUAAUCAAACGCCUCGUUACCAAAACAUCGCCAAAAAAAUCGACCGAAAAAACUCCUGAUAAAAAGACAACAAAAAAGUGAAAACCACAGACUGGGCAUGACUUUAAAAUCUGUGAUAGGUUGUCUUAACGACCGUUAAGUGCCAAACUCGCCGUGAACCUGCCCACGGGUUCACAAAACAGUCGCUGGCCAGAGCGCAUGGGCAUCGUCUUUCUUCCGGUGGAAAUAUGAAGACACUUUGGCUGGACCGGAGCGGAAUUAAUGAUAGUGCUACAAAAAUCAGUUUUGAAAUACAUAUCAAUACAAUAAACUGUUGAUAUUAUAUUUAAUUAUUUGCUACGACACAAUAUAUCUAGAACUACUGACAAACAAAGAAUUAUUUUCCCAGUAUGCUGUAGAUCAUCUGUAACGAUCAACAGCAGCUAUUCAGUUCAACAUGCGAAGAAAUGUUGAGGAGUCUCAAAGUGCAUUUACCAUGAUAUUUAUUUCCAUUUGUGAAGUUCAACUUCAUCGACAAAACUUAGUACAAUGUGCUUCCAUUACUACACAGAUUGCUCAUUUCCAUAGACAAUCCAUAUGCGUCUUAUACUUUCAUCUCAUCCUAGAAUAGUGGAUGUUUUUGUUAUUCGUGUAAUACUUAUAUUAACUCUAUUUUGUCAAAAAUACUACACAUGCAUCAAUCAUAAUUUGUUGCCUUUUUGUUACAUAAUGUUAUUAUCAAUUAAACCUGUACAAAAAUUAU